UUAGCGGUUCUUUGAGCGUUAGGUUAUGAACAACGCAUGGGGAUUUAAUGUCGAUACGUUACGUUUUGUUGCGCGCGUUAUUCUCAAGUCUUGUAUUGGUUAAAUGAUACGUCCCUCGUCGUUAUAGUCGAUGUGAACGACGUCGUUAAGUCGUUUGCUAUGUUUCUUUGAGGAGUUGUAGCUGUUGAAUGCUCGUUGACGGAUUACGGUGCUUUAUUUGCGUGUGAAGAAUAAAAAGAAACAAAAGACCAGGCAGGUGAAAAAGAAGAAGAAAAAAGGAAUAAUAAAAACAAAUAAAAUGCCGUCGGUCUUUUGGCAAAUCGAACUGAAUCAAUUCAGAUGAGUGCAGCUCAAAGAAAAAUUGUCUAAGAAAACCCAACAAAAAGUAAAGAAAAGUGCAAAUCCAAGAAAACAAAAAAAUAGUAACAAAAUACCCAUUAAGGCACCCUAUUGAGGAAUAUCACUUCAAGUCAAUGCGAAACCUGUGGAUUACUCAAACGUGUUGGCCAAGUGACAUUCCCAUAAUACAAAACCUAAAGUUUACACAAAUUUCUAAAAUAAAACUAACAAAAAUUAACGGGUGAUAAAGAAGAAAACGAAAUCGAAUUUGUUGAACAAAUUUAACAGAAAGAGUGCCAAAUAUCUGAAAAAUUGUGCUAAAAUAUUGAUAAAAUUACACAUUUGUGAAAAAUCCCUCUAAGUCCUCUCAAGAAAUUAUAACAACCAAUAGCAUUAUGGCUUCUAAAUCCCCUACAAAGGCCAAGCGCGAUCUAAAUGCUUACGCUACCGCGAUGUGUGCCAUUGUAAUCGCCCUAAAUCUACCACAAAUCGCUGCCGUCCACCGUUAUGAUCAAUCGCCGUCGCAUGAUUAUCGCACCUCGAGUUCGGGUGAGGUGAUCGGUUCUACUUCUCUCUCCGGUGAUGAUGCUUUUCCUCAUCACAAUCGCUGUGAACCCAUUACCAUAUCGAUUUGUGAAAAUAUUCCCUAUAAUAGGACAAUAAUGCCCAACCUACUGGGUCACACUAAGCAGGAGGAGGCAGGCAUGGAAGUCACACAAUUUGUUCCGCUUGUAAAAAUCGGUUGCAGUCCUGAUUUACAAUUGUUCUUGUGCUCCCUCUAUGUGCCCGUGUGUACUAUUCUAGAUCGUCCCAUACCGCCUUGUCGUUCUCUGUGUGAAUCUGCCCGCGUCUGUGAGAAUCUAAUGAAAACCUAUAAUUUUAAUUGGCCCGAAAAUCUGGAGUGUUCUAAAUUCCCGGUACAAACCAGUGAAGCUUUGUGCGUGGGUGAAAACACCACGGCAUCUACUCCGACACCCACGAGGGUGCUCAAAAAAAUGACGACGCGUAAAAAUUAUGCUGGUCUGGAUGGUGCCCAUCGUGAUAUUGGCUUUGUAUGUCCGGUACAUUUGAAAACGCCACAGGAUAUGGGAUAUUCAUUGAAAGUUGGAGGAAAGGAAAAACGUGAUUGUGGUGCUCCCUGUCAUGCCAUGUUCUUCCAAGAGGAAGAGCGCACCGUCCUUCGUUAUUGGGUUGGUUCUUGGGCUGCUGUUUGUGUUGCUAGCUGUUUAUUUACGGUCCUUACAUUUCUCAUUGACUCAUCCCGUUUUCGGUAUCCUGAAAGAGCUAUUGUCUUCCUGGCUGUUUGCUAUCUGGUGGUGGGAUGUGCCUAUGUGGCAGGUUUAGGAUUUGGUGAUUCAGUGGCAUGCAGAGAACCAUUUCCACCGCCAGUGAGACUAGGCGGAUUAAAAAUGAUGUCCACUAUAACACAGGGCCAUCGCCAGUCCACAGCCUGUGCCAUUUUGUUCAUGGCCUUGUAUUUUUGUUACAUGGCCGCCUUUGCCUGGUGGUCAUGUUUGGCAUUUGCCUGGUUUUUGGCAGCCGGUCUUAAAUGGGGUCAUGAAGCCAUUGAAAAUAAAUCACAUCUCUUCCAUUUGGUGGCGUGGGCCAUACCGGCUCUGCAAACCAUAUCAGUAUUGGCACUGGCCAAAGUUGAAGGUGAUAUUCUAUCAGGAGUCUGUUUUGUUGGUCAGUUGGAUACCCACUCGCUGGGAGUGUUCCUCAUACUACCCCUAUGCAUUUAUCUAUCAAUUGGCGCUCUUUUCCUAUUGGCUGGCUUUAUAUCACUUUUCCGCAUACGCACCGUCAUGAAAACCGAUGGCAAACGCACCGAUAAACUUGAAAGGCUCAUGAUGCGCAUAGGUUUCUUCUCAGGCCUAUUCAUAUUGCCCGCCCUGGGCUAUUUGGCAUGUCUUUUCUAUGAAUACUAUUAUUUCGAUGAAUGGAUGAUUCAAUGGCAUCGUGAUAUAUGCCAAACAUUUUCGAUACCCUGCCCUCUGCCUAGGCCAGAUGGCACCAAGUCAAGGCCCAUUUUUCAAAUUUAUAUGGUAAAAUAUUUGUGUUCUAUGCUGGUGGGAGUUACCUCCAGUGUGUGGCUGUAUUCCAGUAAAACGGUGGUGAGUUGGCGCACGUUUGUGGAGAAACUGCAGGGCAAGGAAACAAGGACCCGAGGUCAAGCUUAUGUGUAAACGAAAAAACAAAAACUGUAUUUGAUAAGUUUAAUUCAUAUUAAGCUAUGCCAAACAUACUUACAUACAUGUAUGGCAUGAAAGUAAUUCAAAGAUAUUUUUGUUUGUUGACAUUGUAAAAUAGUAAAAACUAAAAACUAAGAAACACACAGACACAUGAACAAAAAUGACCACAAGGUAAUUGAGUGCUCAAAAUGUUUGUUAUAUUAUGUUCUUUCCUCAUUAAUCUUAAGGAACUCGAUUAGGAGCAGCAGAUGUGGGCAUGUAAAGCCACUGUAGACUUAAGACAUUGAAAAGACGAAGAUGAAGCGGGGAUAAACUUCAAUACCGCUAUUCACAAAACUUAAUGUAGAUUUGAAAUAGUUUUAUGUGAUAGAUUUCCUUUACAGAACUGUCAAAAAAGUUCAUACUUUAAGGCUUCGUUAAGUAUUGUGAAUAGCGCCGUAUAGGUGUAAGUGGAAUAAAUAUUGGAAUAGAAUUUUAUAGAAUUUUAAGUUAUACGAGUUUUGUUAGAAAUCCUAGAAUUGAGUUUUGCUCUAAAAAUUAAGGGAUUCCGAAAUAUGGAUUACACUGAAGAUUGUUUUUAAUGCCUUCCACGCCAAUGUUAUUUACACUAUACCUGAAAAGUUUAUGCUCUGCUUAUUGGAGUAAAACCAAUAUUAAUUGCCUUUCAAUUGGUUAUACUAAUGCACACAUUAAGAACUCGCACAUUGGAUCAAAUAAGGUUUAAUAGUACAUUCGACUUUUGCAAAAGUGUGAUUCAAAAUCAGUUCUUUUGACUAGGAAAUUUGAUUUCUAAGGCUAUUAGUAGUAAAUUACUAAUACGCACUAGUGGUCAUACUUUUCAUUUGCUUAUGUUAUGCAUAGCAAUCAUACGUAACCAAGAGCAAAAAUAAAAUAUGACAUAACUACAUACAACAAACAAGCAUUUUUUCAAUAGAAGUAGGUAUGCCCUGUUAUUGUGUGCAACAUUUUCAGCUUCUUUUUGCAUAAAACAAAAUAACCCAAGUAUAAAAAAAGCAAAAUUUGAAGUAAAUAAAUAAAUGAAACAAAAUAACUAGUUUUGUUAUUAAGAUUUUCAUUUAGUUACACUUUCGCAUUUAAUAUAAGGCUAACAUACUCUAAAUUGGGGUGCAAAUGUGUUAUAAUGGCAAAAAAUCACACUCCAAACUCCAGUUGCGAAUAAGCAAUAUUGCUAUGAAAGUACUCAUACGCAUUAAUGACCUUAUGAUUUAAUAAUUUAUAAUACUCAUACGCAACCAAGGCUCAUUCCCCAAAAUCUUUGAGCCCAUUUUACACAGUCAAUUGAAUUGAUAUGAAUGUAAGAACAAAAGCAUUAAAUAGCAAACAACCUUAUUAAUCGAAAUAUCUAUGACUUGUUAAUGUGUGCACCCACUUCGGUUAAUAUUCAUAAUGAAAUCAGAUGAAACCAAAUAAUUUUAUUCAUUUGUUAAGAAGUAAAGUUGGCGAAAUAAUUGGAAACAACUAGGUUUACCAUCAGCUCAAUAUUUUCUUUUCAUAACUUUUUCUAGAGAUAUACGUGUAAAUUUUUUUAUGGCAAUCACCGCAAACGAUUGUUAAAUUGUUUACAGAUAAAAAAAAACCCUUUUUGACCCAAAUGAAAGCAAUUUAUGUAUAUACUGCCACUCUUUUUUUCCAUCACAGUGUUACUAGUGAAUUAAUUUUGUUCUUUUAUUCUUGAUACUUUUGCCAAUGAGCAACUCCUCAUUUGUUUACCACCUAUGGUUUCGCUCACAAAUUUGUCCAAUAAUAAUCACACCUAUGAGAAAAGAAAAUUUGAGUCAUAAUAUUAUUCAUACUAAAAUUGUGUACAUAUUUAUCUUAUUAAGUUGAUUAGCGUUUCAUCGUAGACUUCAUCCAUUGAGUCCUUUUUCAUUAGAAUUUAGCACUUAAGAAUUUGAUAAUAGUUUGUGUACAAAAUUGAAGUAAAUAAUUAAUGUUAAUUUGCAUUUUUGUAUUCAUGUGUUUUAAGUUAUCUAUAUAUAAUUUGUUUUAUUUUUUCCUAUGUUUUAUUUUUAAGUUAUAAAAGCUUUAUAUGUGCCCAUUACACUCUUAAGUUAAAAAUUAUAGUAAGCUACUAAAAAAGGAUAAGUAUUAAAAUUUUCGUUUAGAUUUGACUGAGAGGAAAUGUUAAGUUGGCAAUUUAAGAAAAAAAAUCAUUUACAAUACAAAAAAAAAUCAAAUUCUGUAUAACUGCCAAAUCCCAAUUCUUAUUUUUUUUUCUCGUAUCAAAUAAGGCAAUAAAAUACCGAAGCAACCUUCCCCCAAAUUAAAGUUAUGUGGCCCAUUUAAGUUUUCCUCGUUGAUAUGACACCUUCUUUUUAGAUCCGAAAACGAGAGCUGAAAAUGCUUUUUAGGUGGUUUUUGAAAUUAAUUUGAAAUUUUUAAACCGGGUGAUAGAGCUGGCAAGAUAUCGAUGGCACUAUCGAUAUUAACUUUUUUGACUGAAUAUCGAUUGAUAUUUUUCC